AUGGCUGCCGGACUCAGUGACUCACAGAUUGAACGGGAGGUUAUAGACAAUGACCUUGACAAUGAAUCAGACAGUUCCGUGCAGGAAAGUGAUACCGAUUCCGAAAGUGACUUGGAUGAUGACGGAACUUUUCCACUAAACCCUGCAUGGUCUGCACAGCUACAACCCCCUACAGUUAUUCCUUUCACAAAACAAAAUGAACUAUUAGUCCCUACGCCAAGAGAAAAUAAGCCGGUAGAUUGGUUUUUGCUUUUGGUUGACGAUCAGCUGCUGGAAAGUAUCGUAGCAGAUACAAACAGGUACGCUUUUGACUUGUUUUUUGGGCCUUCCACUGAGCCACGAUCACGUAUUCACAGAUGGAAGGACUUAACUUUAGACGAACUAAAAAAGUUCAUAGGCCUAUUGCUUCACACUGGUACGUUCAAACUGAACCGCCUCAAUGACUACUGGAAAACCCAUCGAAUGUUCAACUUGAAUUGCUUCCGUGACCAUAUGAGCCGUGAUCGGUUUUUGAUUAUAUUACGAUGCAUUCAUUUCUCACAUCAUCAAAAUGUAGCUCAAGGUGUACAGGAAGACCGUUUGUCAAAAGUAAGGAUGCUAGUUGACCACUUCAACAAAAAGAUGGAUGAUGUUUACUAUCCAGGCAAAGAACUUUCUUUGGAUGAGGCUAUGGUUUUGUGGCGCGGUCGGUUGAUUUUCCGACAGUACAUCAAAGGAAAGCGCCACAAGUAUGGCAUCAAACUGUACACUCUUUGUGAACCUGGUGGUCUCAUACUUCGUUUUCUUGUCUACUCAGGAUCUCUCAGUGACUUAGGUGGGAAAGGUCAUGCCACAAAGGUAGUACUACAUCUUAUGAGAGGGAAGCUCAACCAUGGUCACUCGUUGUACAUGGAUAAUUUUUACAAUAGCUUUCCUUUGGCCUACCAACUGCUUAGGAAGAAGACGUAUUGUACUGGCACACUUAGAGCAGACAGAAAGUACCUGCCAGAUGAGGUAAAAUCAGCCAAAGUAAAAAAAGGUGAGACAAUUGCUCGGAGUGCAGAACAAGUCACUGUUGCCAAGUGGAAGGACAAGCGUGUAGUGACAUACAUCACUACAGAGUUCGAAAACAACAUGGUUGAAUCACGGAAUCGCCAUGGAGUAGCUAGAGUAAAACCCCUGCCCAUUGUGAAAUAUAACACAUUUAUGAAGGGAGUGGAUAGGGCAGAUCAAAUGCUAGCGUACUAUCCAUGCGAAAGAAAAACGCUGAGGUGGUACAAAAAGAUCUUUGUACACAUAAUGCAGAUGGCACUGGUGAACGCCUUGAAGCUGUACAACCUUUCCAAUCCCCAAGAAACAAUGAAUCUUUAUGACUUCAGGCUAGCUGUCAUCGAAUCCCUUGUCCCUGAGAAAGAGCUACAAGCCCCAGAACGUCCUCGCCGAAGCAAUGAGAAGGCACUGCACGUUGUCUCCUUGAUUGAAGGGAAGGACAACAGGAAUCGGCAGAAGAGAAAACGUUGCAGAGUCUGCCACAGUGAAGGAAGAGAAAAACGUACUGCAUACUUUUGUGCACAGUGCCCAGGAGAACCUUCACUCUGUCCUGUGGCAUGCUUUGAAAAACACCAUGCUUAG